AUGAGCGUGACGAUCGAGCUGUAUCCGGAGCUGCUCGGUCUUGCUACUCCCAGCUCGUGGGUGUCUGCCUCGGGCUGCAUUGACCAUUCUGAAUGUAAGCAAAACGAGUUCUGCAAGAUUACCUGGUGCAACUCCUGGGAAGGAUGGUUCUACAAGUGCGGAAACUGCGUCCCGUGCUCCCAGUGCCUCUGCAACGAAGACAGCAUCACGCAGGCCUGCCCCUCUGACAGGUGCCCCGCUCAGCCUGCCGAGUCCGUACGCUACCUGCAGGGCAGGUUCAGCAGCACGCAUCCGAUACCUGGAACCAACUACUCGUGCGUGUUCGCCAUUAAGUUCGAGGGCCUGCUGUUCGAGCACGUGCAAGUCGCUGUAGAGAACAGGAGCAACGUCGUCACCCCCACCACCAUCCCUGUCGCGACAUGCGCGAGGUUUCAGGGCAAGGGGAUAUUCAACCUGUCCCAGACGAGCCUCUCCUUCUUUUACACGGAAGGGGACUACAAACCCUUCCAAUGGCACAAGGGUAGCUUCUGGAACAACUGCUCCGCUGGUUUCAGAAUCUUCCUCACAAGCCCUACCGGCCUCCCUCUCAACUACUCGCUCACCCCCGCCCCUGGAACGAGAGCUGCAUGGCAUGACGCCAGCGUGCAGCCUGUGUUGGGGAGCGCAGGAGCGAUCGUCGGGACGUGGAAGUCGCGAGCGCUCUUCGAGGGGACGUACUGCGAGCUAGUCACUGAGAUACUCCCCCUGCAGGGUUCCAACUUCCACCAGCACAACUUCCACCUGCUGAACUGCAGCUCAACCAAGCGCGGCUUCACUCUCACUAAGGUCGGCAGAGACCCUCCAGCUGGUAAGAGUACGGCAAGGAAGCUGUUGAGCGAGGGUGGCAGCACCAACGGAGACGCUGGGGCCGCAGGGGGGAUGGAGAGCAAGAGCAGGAAGGGGGUAGAGGGAGGAAGAGAUCCUGAUGCAUCAAGGUCGAGCGUGCAGCUACGAGCGACCACCACGAUGCCAGUCGAAGUGAUCGAGGCGGCGGCAGAGGCAGGAGGAGGGAACGUAACGUCAGGAGCGAUCCAGGUCAGCACGCCAACUUCCUCCUCCCCUGUCUACAGGACGUGGCUGAUCAAACCGACAAGCUCGCCUAGACUAAUCGCUCUUCAGAUCUCCAUGACAGGGUCGCUCUUGGCUUCGGACUACAUCAACAUCUCUGCUGCCCUUCCUGCGGCUCUCAACGCCGACCUCUCUUGGUCCACGACCCUCCUUCCUGGUGUUCAGUGCGGGACACCUUGCACUUCGCAAGCUACAAGUGCCUACCCAACCUUCUGCAGAGUUCAGACCUGCAGGAAGGUAGCAUACAGUCGGGGGCUUUCCAAGGCUUUCCUCACGAGCUCCAACUUCAAGAACGGUCAGAUCGUGAACGUCACAUAUAGGGCUACAAACCUGGAAGAGGCUGACAUCGGGCUGCUGAUCCAAUCUCUCGUCUCCAGCCCUUCAGCUAGUUUCACCUUCACCUUCACAGCCUACUCCAAGAACGCCGUCUGCCAGAUCGGCCAGUAUACUGAGCCGUCCAAGCUGGGUCUGCGGUGGACCAUUCCCCCGUACCUCACCAAGAGCCUUGCAGAGGCGUGGGUUGUUGACUACGUCAACCAGACCUCGGCCACGUUCUGGUCGGACUGCAGCGACUGUGCGCAAGGCAACACGACCUUGUACUUUGCGGACAACGGCGGGGAGCAGGCAUGCGGGACAAUCUGCCCGGCAGGGAUGUACUCGGCAACUGGGUUGAACCCUUGCUUAGACUGUCCUGUUGGGACUUACCAACCUGUGCGCGCUGGAACCAAGUGCAUGCCCUGCCCCUCCUCCUACUCGACGGCAGACAAGAACGCGAUCUCCCGCGACCAGUGCUUCUAUGCCAUCGUGCUGCUGGAGAGAGUGUGGAGGAGCGGGCAGAUACUCAAGUUCGUGGUCUACUGGCAGUUCACCACCAACAUCGCGUUCCCUCCCAACAAGGUCUCCAUCUACAAGGACGGCAGACAGCUCGCCUGGUUUUCGACUGUCCUCUACCCUGACCCUGCUCCAAGUGGCUACAGCGGGUCCAACACCCUCGAGUCAGAGUCGGCCGGCCUCGGCAACUACACGCUGCUGCUCUAUAGCUCCAUGGACAACUUCUCGAACCCGGCGAUCAACGUGGCGGGAGGCGCCAUCGUCGCGUCGUACACCUUCCUCAUCCAGAACGAGAUCCUCACCGACUCCUGUCUCGGCAGCGACCCCCUCACCUGCAUCCCAGCUGACGUCGGCAAGAGCAUCAACUCCUCCGGCGUCCUAUGUUCCAGCGGCUACCUUGCCCGCAUCCUCAACCUCCGCUUCUGCCCCCCCUGCUCCCCUGGGAACGCUGGUGUGCUCUUCUGCGCCCCCUGCCCUGUCGGCUUCUACGCUGACACCGCGGGCCUCUCGAGCUGCACCCCCUGCCCCGUCAUCAACGGCAUUCCCUAUGCCACCGCCUUCGAGGGCGCUGGGGCCUCUUGCUCGGGUCAGGCAUGCUGCCAGCCCUGCCCAACUCUCAUCCAGCUGGGCUUCAACCCUAUCCAGUGCCGGCAGAACACAGCACAGGCCACGACGGCAGCCCCGACAACGGCAGCCCCGACGACGAGGCCUGUCACGACCACGACCCGAGCUGCAGUAAUCGAGACUACCGAGAUUGCUACGACUCCUGCUCCAACCACCACCGCAGUGCUCGCCACCCCAGCGCCGGUCGCCUUCUGCGGGGACGGGGUGAGGCAGGAGAGGGAGACGGGCUGCUGGUCGGCAGCGUAUGGGGGGAUGAGACUCUGCGAGGAUCCGGCGAUCAUGCUGGGGAACGACCUGAGGUGGCACUUGAGGGAGGAGUGUGACGACGGGAACAGGAUCGAUGGCGACGGCUGCUCGGCCAACUGCACGGUUGAGCUGGGGUUCGGCUGCUUUGGAAGCUCGCCGGAUGUUUGCAGGUAUCCGACCAGGAGCGACCAGUUCCUGACCAUGGCGGCGCUGCUGGGCAGCUUGUCCGGGAUCUCCUCAGCUGAGACCGUGCUGGCCAACACGACGGAUGUGGGGAGGCUUAACUUGCACCUCUUCGAGAUGCUGGGGUUGCAGGCGACCUUUCGAGCGAUCUACCAGACGUCCUUGCAAGAUCGGCUCACCAACGAGGCCGCAAACGUGGCCCUGAACCCCUUCGGCUGCCCCUGCCAGCAGGGGUACCAGGAGAUCAUGGAGCAAAGCGGGAGGGUGGGGGUCCCAGCUGGGGUCUUCGUGAACUCCGGCAGAUGCCAGUGGCGGGUCGCCCCGGUCAACGCGAGCACAGUCACCCUCUACCUCCAACACCACAUGAGGAAGAACGAGUGGCUGGAGAUCAUGGACAGCGGUAUCUACCCCCAAGACCAGCAGGUCCCCAGCAGCAACUGCUACCCCUGCAAAUUCGUGGGCAAGUCCAACGUGUCAGCAGUCACAGUCCACGUCGGUAGCUUCUUCACUGCCACCUUCUACUACAGCGAGAUGAAGGAGGUGGAGCAGCGGUACUCGUGGGAGGACGUGUUCAACCUGACCUUCUUCGCCAACGGCACCAGCUCGUUCCCCGACACGCUCCCCUACCUCCUCGAGGCGGUGCGGGAGGCUGCUGACGUCAACAUGACCAACACUUCUGGUCAGCCUCCUCCCCCAGCUACGACCCCACCAGACUCGCUGGUCAUGAAAGUCGGGGAGGCGGUAGAUAGCUGGACUUACCCCUGCCAGUUCGGCAGUACCAAUGGGACGCAGCCACUGGGGGUGACCGAGUUUCUGUUCCGGCGGCACGAGGACAGCUGGGAGGAUUUCACGGGGGAGUGGGAGGGGCAGACGUACGCGGACGGGAACAGGGACGGCCUGUUUGACAACGUCGGGAGGGUGAGGUGUGGUGAGGUCGGGUUUAUCAGACAGCAAGAUCAAGUGUACCAGCCCGAUCACUGCAUGACGCUGUGCGUUCAGGAUGCUGCCUGCUCGUUCGCAAGCUACAACGACAAGUUCUUCACCUGCAUCCUCCUCCGCUCCUGCCAGCUGGAACCGUCGUUCAACGCGCAGGACCCCAUCAUCUACAAGAAGAAAGAGGGGGUCCACAACCUGCUGUGCAUGCUCAAGGUCUCUGUGGUGGGCCUUCGAAUCUCGGUGCACGUGCAUGGAUGCGACGGCAAGGAGGAUGGAGUGCGGAGGAGCGCGCACGAGGGCUGGGCGACGGGAUACAUCUUCCCCCUGCCGGACGGAGCCACUCCUUGCAACCAGGGAAGGGACCCCAUCCCCUGCCGUUUCAUCGACCCGAUCUCGAAGUUCCAGUACUGGGGCUACGUGCCCUUCAGCAUUGUGUUCUCCUCCUCCUCCUCCAUCUUGGCGGUCGGGGACGUGUACAAUGCCAUCCUGACCCGCUCGCUCAACGACGUCAUUGACGUCUUCCAGCUGUCUGUAUCGAGGGAGUGGCAGCUGCAGAUCUACAUGCCCCUCUCCCUCGUCAACUCCCAGAACUACCCGCAGGUCAACAACGUCCUCUUCCCCUUCGUCCAGCAGCCCUCCAAUGCCACCCUAUGGAACCUUAAGCCCACAUCAGCGGCGGAAUUAAGGUUCCAAGUGCAGGAGAUCGAUCAGAAGGGUUUCCUGCAGCAGCUCAACGUCUACAGGACCUGCAACGACUCCUUAUCGACCCUCCGCCAGUUCGCCAGCAGGACUCCGGACUGCCUCCUCAUCUUCUCCAGCAUCUUCCGAGCUGACGGGACCAUCGGGCCCAGCAGGGUCGACUCGGCAACCAUGGACAAGAUAUGUCAGAGCUCCUGCUACCAGGACUUCAAGGCUACGCUGGAGGCCUCAGCUCUCAAGUGCUCUGCCGCCUGGAAGUCAACGGACUCUUCUUUCUUCUCCUUCCUGCCCGGCCUCUCCAUCCCGGUCGUCAACGAGCAGUCGAUCAUGACGAGGAGGAUACUGGGGAAGCUGCUUGAUCUCACGGACGCUCUCUUCAACAUCUCAACAAUCUGCUUCGGCAACGAGAAAGGGCAGCGCUGUGUCCAGCCCCUGCUUGAGAGCAGGUCGGAGCUGGGCUCUUGCCCAGUGUCCUCCCUCCUCUCCUCCCCCUCCUCCUCCUCCCUCUUCUCCUCCGUCCCCUCACUAGCGGAGGAGAUUCAAAACCCUCCCUUCAACUUUGCAGGCUCUCCCACCUGCCCCUCCACCUGCUCUUCCAGCCUGAACGCGUUCUUCAUCCUCGACGGCUGCUGCUCCUCCACCGUCAACGAGGCGACGAGGAGCUGGUGGGACUUGGUUGGCCACGACCUCUCCCCCUCCUUCAUCUUGCAGGACCCCAGCAGGAGGGGCAACUUGUUCUUCCAGAAGCCGCAGGCCUGCGGCGGGAGCUACGUCUCCAUGGACUGUGCCGCGGGGCAGUGCGGCAACAAGAACCUUCCUGCUGUCUGCUGCAACGUCACGUGCGCGGGAGGAGGAGUCAAGAGCUACCUGAGCGCGUGCUCCUGCUCCUGCCCCGAGAAGCUCACGGGCAAGCUCUGCAACGAGUCGAACACGCACGUCCUUGCUGAGUUCAACAUCAUCGGCAUCAGCGUUAGUGACUUCUCGUUGGAGGGGAACCAGGCGUUGUUCAUGGCCAUCUUGGCUGAAGUCGCCGGCGUCGACCCCAGCAAGGUCGAGAUCGACAGCUUCGUACCUUUUCCACGUCGCCGCAAACUUUCUCACCUCGGCCAGCUCUCCCCCAGCAGCAGCCUCCCUCCCUCUCAGCUCCUCCAGACCGAGCAGCAGGGGGUCACGAUCAGGUUCCGCGUCAUCAUGCCGUCGGAGAGGGAGGCAGUGCGUGUCGCUCAGAUCGUCGUCGAGGGUGACAAAUCUCAGUCUCUUGUCGAUAAGCUGAAGGCCCUCGGUGACGUCACGCUCAGCCUCGCCUUCCUCCCCAAGGCCUUCGCAGCCAACGGGGGUCAGCUGUGCGACGACAUCCUGUACAAGUGCAACGUGACGGGAGGAGCGACGGCCAACGGCACCUCCUCCUCCUCUUCCUCCUCCUCCUCCUCCUUCAACGUCCUCCACGUCGUCUAUCCGCUCGUUGGCGUGCUAGGAGGAGCGCUGGUGCUCUGCAUGGCCUACCCCUUCCUCGUCAAAGGCUGCGGGUGGCUGAGGCCCCGAGCAGACGCGAUGUGGAAGAAGCUCGACGUCGAGGGGCGGGUGGAGGCGUACAGGGAGGACAUGCGGAUCUCUACACAGGAGAAGGAGAAGAAGAAGAAGAAGAAGCAGCAGAAGACGUUUGUGGAAGAUCGAUGGUCCCUCAACAACGUUUUCAGCAGCGGAGCCACAAGCUCGGCCAAGCAGCACCAGCACGAGGCCCCCAAGGCCUACAUCAUGGUUUCCGGCAAGGCCAUGUGGCCGUCAGCAUCGAUAUGGAGCCCCGAGGAUCACGGAGGAGGAGGAGGAGAGACGAUCGGGUUCAUCGAGAGCUCGGCUAAGCCACAGCACAUCACCUUUGACCUGGGGCAGGUGGAGGAGGGAGAGAAGGGGAGGAGAUGA